CUGGGUAAGUUAGAUUUUUAUGGAGCUCUCUGAAAAUUUCAAGAUUUUCCAGGAAAAAUGAACAUGAAACAAGUUUUGCCAAUACUAAAGCUCACAAGAAGAUUGAGCAAAAUCAAGCUGCCAAAGUUACACCAACUCACCCGAUCCAAAAUCCUUCUCGGAACCACUGCUUUCACAUUUUCCAACCAACAAUUCCAACCAAAAAAACGAGAAGCUGAUGGAAUUUUGGCAUACGAAGACUUGGAAGUGGAAGAAAGAGGAGAUUCUGGUGUGAUUUUGAAGAUUUUCAAGCUUCUCUUCAAUAUGUUUUGGGAAUAUUGGCGAAGAAAAUCGGAGAGGAAUUAUAGUUUCUUUUUGUGGUGCGUUAGACAUUUUGCCGAGAAUUUUUGAACAAUUAUUAAUUAUAAUUACUCAUAAACCAUGCUAACUUCAAAAUUUUUUGAAAAAUAUAUGUUUUCUAGUAGUUUCCAACUCGCUGUGCACUUUUCCAUCGUCAAAACCUACUUAGCUCAACUCCCCGAUGAGUUAUGA